AGAAGCGACUUUUGUCCGGUUCGACAUGGAGCUACUUCGGUUUUCCGUUUUUUGGUGUGGAACGAUACUCUUUGGUAUCUCGCUCGGAGCUGCGGGUCCAGCUGCCACCCCUGAGGAGAACGCUAUCAUACACCCAUAUCUCUCGGACUCGGUCUCAAAGAUGAGUUUGAAGAUAAAAAGGCUGUGCAAGUUUUGUGAUGUGCAGGCGACCACCUGCACAGGUAAAGGCACCUGUGAGGUAGAGUGUAACAAAACAUCCAUCUGCUCCGAUGACGACGAAGUCUGCGUCACCAUAUGGAGGAAGAAAGAUGACAACAUCACCUUUGAUACGGUGUGCCACAACCCAGCUCAGAAGCUGUACGGCCUGGUCCUGGACGAUUACAACAACAGCAAGUGUACCAUGAAAGAGAAAAGGGGCAUGGGCUUGCAGUUCUUCAUCUGUUCCUGCACCGAGGAAGAGUGCAACAGCCACGUCUUAUUUGAUCAAAAUGCUCAGGUGGUGGCCGUCAUCAUCGUCAGCCUGGUGCCUCUUCUGGUCAUGGCUGUUGUAGUCAUCACGUUCUUCUACUGUUACCGGGUUUACCGCCAGCGCCAAGCCCACUCCAGUCACAAGAAGGGUGCGCCGCUGGACUUCAGCAACGCCCCCAUCAUGAGCGACGAGGGUUCGGACAGCAGCUCUACGCACGCCAACAACCUGAACCACAACACCGAGCUGCUGCCCAUUGAGCUGGACCUCCUGGUGGGGAAAGGACGCUUUGCCGAGGUCUACAAAGCAAAGCUGGGCUUCGACACCGUGGCUGUUAAGAUCUUCCCGUACGAGGAGUACGCCUCCUGGAAGAACGAGAAGGACGUUUUCUCCGAUGCGGACCUGAGGCACGAGAACGUGCUCCACUUUCUGACGGCGGAGGAAAGGAAAGUGCAAAGACAGUACUGGCUGAUCACAGCUUACCAGCCUUUGGGAAACCUCCAAGAGUAUCUGAGCCACCAUGUUGUCAGCUGGCAUGACUUGUGGCUGCUGGGGAGGUCACUGACUCGUGGAGUGGCACACCUUCACAGUGACCAGACUCCCUGCGCCCGCUGUAAGGUGUCCGUCGCCCACAGGGACAUUAAGAGCUCCAACAUCCUCGUGAAGAAGGACUUGACGUGCUGCCUUUGUGAUUUUGGCCUCGCUCUGCGGCUGGACAACUCCCUGUCUGUGGAUGAGCUGGCCAACAGCGGCCAGGUGGGAACAGCGAGGUACAUGGCCCCCGAGGUGUUGGAGUCCAGAAUCAAUCUGGAAAACAUCGAGUCUUUCAAACAGGCUGAUGUUUAUUCCAUGGCUCUUGUUCUGUGGGAGAUCAUCUCCAGGUGCAGCGCGAUCGGAGAGGUGAAAGAGUACGAGCCACCGUUUGGGAACCUGAGGGAACACCCGUGUGUGGAGAGCAUGAAGGACAGUGUGGUCAGAGACCGAGGAAGACCUGAGAUCCCCAACAGCUGGACCACACACACGGGCAUCCAGAUGUUGUGUGCCACCAUCGAGGACUGCUGGGACCACGACCCGGAGGCCCGUCUGACAGCGCACUGUGUCGCCGAGCGCUUCGAUGACAUGGAGCUCAUGGACAAGCUGUCAGACCGCUCCGACUCGGAGGAGAAGAUCCCCGAGGAGAUCAUGACCGUGGAUGAGAAGUAGACGCUGAACAGAAACACUGCCCCCGUCAGGGCGAGCGAGGCAUUACAAGCUCGAGAAGAGGACGAACUGUCGUCACACAGAUGAGCAGCAGAGGAGCAAACUGGAAUAUCAGGAUGAAGUUAUGAACAAACUUGGGAGACCAAAUUCUGCCAUUUUUAAACCAAAUACUACUUGCACUUUACAAAUAUCUAUGCACACCAGAUGAUCAGUGUCUCCUGUUUUAACGAAACAUUUCAGGUUUUUA